AUGUCACCAGCUUUUAACCAUGGAAAGAGAAAGCACCAUUCACAGCGAGGAGAACAGAUACACAUAUUCUUUGUGCAGAAGAGGCUUCAGCCAAUCACUGGGCUCAAGAAGCACAAAUGCUGUCACAAUGGGGAGAAACCGUGGAAAUGUGGGAACUACUGUGGGAAGUGCUUUAAAAGUUCUGAUUACCUGAUGUUCCAUCAUGUUCACACUGAGGAGAGAAGAUUCAGAUGCUCUGACUGUGGGGCUGGCUUCAAGUCAUCAUCUCAACUCAUGGUACACUGGUGCCUUCACAUUGGGGAGAGGCCAUUCACCUGCUCUGAAUGUGGAAUUGGAUUUAUGCAGUUAUAUGGCCUCAAGGCUGAGGUUCACACUGACGAGAGGCCUUUUAAAUGUCCAGACUGCAACAAGUGCUUUAAAAGUUCCAGAGAACUGAUUGUAAAUCAAUGUACUGACACUGAUGAGAGACCAUUCUGGUGCUCUCACUGUGGGCAGGAAUUCAAAGAGCCAACCCAUUUCAAGUUCUACCAGCAUGUUCAUGCUGAUGAAAGACCAUUUAAGUGCCUCGAAUGUGGGAAGUGCUUUAAACAUUCUGGGGACUUGAAAUGCCAUCAACGUGUUCAUAUUGAUUGCAGACCUUUUAAAUGCCCAGACUGUGGGAAGUGCUUUAAAUGA